GUGUGGAUGUAACAGCGCGUCUGAGGUUUUAUGUUGAUGUCUCGCUCAGCAUUUCGACUAGAGUAGCCUUUAUGACAACGUCGUUACAUGCGAUUUCUGCUCAAGGUUUAACUGGUUCAUAAGGCGUUUUGCUUUCUAUUUCAAGGAAGGAUUACAUUUUUGUCGAUAUCGCAAAUUGGGUCCGUUGACGCUUCCAUGGUGCGCUCACGUCAAGACAAAGCGUCAGGUUGGAUAGGACAGGUGGCGCAUGUGCCGAUUUGGUUUUAAGACGAACGCAACAAGCUAUUAGGGACAGCGACAGAACAGAAGGUACUUUACUUCAGAUGUUCGUUGCUGACAGACCUGAGCUCAUUUUUAAAGACGUAAGGCAGCAUACGUGCUCGUAGUAGGAAACGUAGCAAGGCGUAAAAGCGCACAGAGUACAGUUUGGCAGUCUCCGGUGCUCGAACCUGUCGCGGAGAUGGUGGUCGACGACGGUCCAAUCCCUUUUGGAGGGAAGGGUCCAAAUGCCAUAGCAGAAAAUGGUCCCACAUCCCUUAACAACAGCCCUCCUGGAGACAUUCUUCGCAACUUCUACCACACGAAGAGAGUUGGAAAUUACCUCAUUGGGAGAAAGCUUGGAGAGGGCUCUUUCGCCAAAGUUCGAGAGGGUCUCCACGCUUUGACAGGAGAGAAGGUGGCGGUGAAGGUGAUCGACAAGCGCAAGGCCAAGAAGGACUCGUACGUCACCAAGAACCUGCGUCGCGAGGGCGAGAUCCAGCAGAUGAUCCGGCACCCCAACAUCACGCAGCUGCUGGACAUCCUGGAGACGGAGAACAGCUACUACCUGGUGAUGGAGCUGUGCCCCGGCGGCAACCUCAUGAACCACAUCUACGAGAAGAAGCGGCUGGACGAGCGCGAGGCUCAGAAGUACGUCCGGCAGCUGGUCAUGGCCGUCGAGCACCUGCACCGGGCCGGAGUCGUGCACAGAGAUUUGAAGAUUGAGAACCUUCUGUUGGAUGAGCACAACAAUAUCAAAUUAAUCGACUUUGGGCUGAGUAACUGCGCGGGGCUCUUGGGUUACUCUGACCCCUUCAGCACCCAGUGUGGCAGCCCGGCAUACGCCGCCCCAGAGCUGCUCUCCCGCAAGAAGUACGGCCCCAAGGUGGACGUCUGGUCCAUAGGGGUGAACAUGUAUGCCAUGCUGACCGGUACACUACCCUUCACUGUGGAGCCCUUCAGCCUGAAGGCCCUACACCAGAAGAUGGUGGACAAGGAAAUGAACCCCCUACCUGCAAACAUCUCCUCAGCUGCCGGAAACCUACUGAAGAGCCUCCUUGAACCGGACCCGGCCAAGAGGCCCAACAUCCACCAAGUCAUGUCAGACGACUGGCUGCAGCUGGGGAACCCACACACCCUUGCCCCUUACCUGAACAAGAUCCACAUUGAAGAGAUUAACCAAAUGGUGCUUCUACACAUGACGGAGAGCAUGGGCUGCAAGCACAGCGAGGUGCUGAGCGCCGUGCUCACCAAUCGCGCCUGCCACACGCUGGCCGUCUACUUCCUGCUCAACAAGAAGAUGAAGCGUCUGUCCAAAGAGUACCGGGAGAAACAGAAUGAAGAGAAGGAGAAGAAGAACGAGCUGUUCUUCCAGACGCAGUGGCGGAAGCACAUCGAAAAGAUCACCAUCCCCCCGAAACAGACUCCCGUCUACCUGGCUGUGAGCAAGGGGCCUACCAAAGAGAAAAAACACAAGACAGGCCUUCUGCGUGCAGUCACUGGGGGACUGAAGGAGGCAUACUCGGGCCAGGGUGGAUGCGUGGCCUCCUCUUCCCUGGAAUACAUGGAGAUCCAUCCCGUGUUCCCGCAGACACCCCCCUCACCGAAGCGGGAGGAGAAAAAGAAAGACAAAGACAAAGAAAAAGAGAAGGACAAGGAGAAGGAGAAGGAGAAGGAGAGGGCAGAGAAGGAGAAGCCGCCGAGGUCCAAGCCCAAGCGCAAGCCACGCGACGUCCCCGUUCGCCCGCCUUCGGCCCUGGCAGCCCACUCCUGGAACUCAGGCCACACCACCAAAGAGCCAGUCCAGGAGUCGCCACCCUCGCCCUGGUACAAGCUGACCAACGGCGCCCUGUCCCCGCCACGCCACGUGUCCGCCUUUGUGCCCGAGACCUCCUACCUGAAGAAGGCCACCAUCCCCACCAUCCCCACGCUGCCUGGCACCAGCCAGCCCGUGGCCAUCGUGGCCCCGCAGCCCAAGAAGAGCCCCUCCAACGCCUCCGGAAACGACUGGCCCAUCAGCUUGCCCGAAACGGGGACCAGCCCGCCCACUGGUGCCUUCAGCGUCUUCUGCAGGAGCAGGAGCAGCAGCCAUGACAACGGCAGCAGCGCCAGCAGGGGCAGGAGUGGCAGCGGAAGUGGGGGCAGCAGCGGCAGCGGGGCCAGCGAGGACCCAGAGAGCCCUCAGCACCGUGGCAGCGGCGGCGGCUCAAAGUUCCCUUCCAUGGGCAUUGGGCAUCUCAUGAAGAAGCGCCUGAUCCCACCCUUCCACUUCCGUCCCGAGCAGGCAGUGGAGGUGGAGUCGCCCACGCCGUACCACAUGCAGACGUUGCUGUGCACUUCGGGCAAGGCCCUCAAGACUCUCUGCUGAGCUAGAUUGUAAAGCAACUACUAGAGACUAGAGCCUACAGACCUCUCACACUAAUGUCCUAUGGUGACAGCCUUCAUCCUUGUUGAACCCCUAGCCCCCCUUCUUCUACUUGUACACAGCUGCUUAAAUGACCAGCAUCACCACCACGCCAAUAAAUAGAAAAACUCCUCACUGUUUGAAUUAGACGUUCAGCUAUUCUCUCUGACUUUGCAUCACGUCCGAGCACCACCUGUCUCACCACGUGAUGUGACUGUACCUAGUAGAGAGACAGAAAUGAGAAAAAAAGAGAUUUGAACAUUUGAACAGAACAUCCCUGCAGGGAGGACGGAACUAACCUCACUGCACUGGACAUAUGCUUGGAUUUUUGGAAAAAAAGGAAAAUUAAAAAAGAAGAAAAAAAAAGAAAAGGCUUUUGAGUACUUUGAGAGAGAACAAAACAUGCAUCUCGGCAAGCUAGCACUAAGCAGUACUUAAUCACUAAGACUAACAACACUGAUGACGAUUAUAUAAUGUCUAUCCUCACCAGUAGUGCGUAGGUAUAUAGACUGAGUCACGGAACAGGCUGAAGUUUUUAUUUUUUCUGAAUGUGCCGAAGGCCAUCUGCCACUGCCAAUGCAAUAGGGGAUAGAAGUACAGAUUGUGUCCUACCCUAUUGUAAUCCUCACCUAGACUUACAUAAAAUGUCACCACAGGUAGUUCGAAUACAUUCCUAUGCCACCAACGCGCGCAAGAGUCGAGGCAUUGUCGAAUUUCCCAGUACUGUAUGUGCAUAUGUUUUGAUUUGAUUUGUUUGUUGUGUUUUUUUUUUUGGUUGUCCUCUCUGGGCUUUUUUCUAAACCGAGCAAUAUACAAGCAACUACCUUUACUUGUGUUUGUGAAAUUUGUGCUAUUCUUCCUCGUGGGGUGUGUGUAAAAAAGCUGCUAAGUAUAUGUGUCCUCGAAGGAGAAGAUCUGCCCGCCGGCGAUGGGCUUUGUUUGUUUAAGCCUGAGGGUGCACACGACUUUGCAUUGCAAUUGUCAUUUUUUUGGUAACUUUAUAUACUUGCCCCCGUUUCUCUCUUUUUAGAGUGACUCGGGGGGUUGUUUGUGUCAGUGUUGGCUUCGUGUGUCAAUUGUUAUGGCCUUAAUUUUUCCACAGAUGCCACUUUAAAGGCGUGAUGUGGAGAUGGAGAAAGUCUUUGGAGUGAAAGUGAAUGGGUGUCUUAUGAAACUAUGAAAAAAAAGUCUUAGUUUGUGCAAUAGUGUGUAUAUAUAAUAUAUAUAUAUAUUAUUCUGACAAAAUUGCUGCACAUUUUUCGACAAGUGCAUAUUUGUUCUAUGAAUGAAGACGAGGAGGAGAUGAGGAAGAAGUUAACAUGUAAAUAUACGAUCCAAGUGUCUUGACUUGUCUUGUGCUUGUAUUGUCCUAAACUGUGAUUUGAUACAGAGAGCACAUCACUGUAGAUCCACGCCACACAGUCAUUGACUUGAUCAUCUUUUUUAACGGGUCCAGAAGGCUUUACACUGUUAAAGAGAAAAGCUUUUUUUCUGUCAGACUUGCAUGCAAAGACUUUUGGUACUUGACGUUUUUUUGUUUCUGUUUUGGAUAAAACUUUGUAAUUUUUUGUUGGGAAAGAAGACAGAUAACCGAGGUGUUUUGUAAGCUUUUUGUAAUGACUGCAUUUGCCUAUGAGUGAAGAGAUUAUG